AUGGAAAUUGGAAAUGCUUCUAAAUCUUCAUCACAUACUGUAAUGGUUGAUGCGCAAAUGGCAAUACCGAUAACAGAAGAAGGAAAUGUUAUCACUGAAGCGGCAUUCUUUAAUCGAAUAUUUCCAAGUAAUUCCGGAAUUCGUUUCAAUUUUGAUGAUAUCCGAGAAUUUCUUCACGAUCCACUAAUUGCACUUAUUGCAACAGAUUUAACGGCUGAUGAAAAUUUGGACAAUAUUGAAGCGGUUUUAAAACGAAUAGGUUAUGGAAAACAGUAA